AUGCGACGUUAUAAACAGCUCGACCCCUAUUUCUUGAUUCUGUCGUCUUUCUAUCGCAGAAUCGAGGUUGAAAUGGCUGGUAUACUAGAAGACGUCGCAAUCAUUGGUGCGGGAGUUGGCGGCGCUGCUUUGGCUAUUGCCUUACACCAAAGAUCCAUUCCAUGUCGCAUCUACGAGGCUAGAAGUGAAGAUGCUCAGGCAAUUGGCAGUGGAGUGACCCUAGGUCCAAAUGGCUGUCAGGUACUCGACAAACUCGGUCUCUUAAAGCAAGUCGCUUUGCGGUGUUUCCGUUCAGAGCUGCACGAGUUAAAGGAUGCUGAAGGCAACACUACCGGCAAUUGCAACCCUGUCACAGAGCAGCUUUAUGGGUAUAAGAAUCAUCGCCUUUACCGCCAAGCUUUGAUCGAAGAGAUGAAAGUGAAGCUAAAGGAGUGCGAGGUCCCUGUUGAGUACAAUGCCAGAUUUCAAAAGGUAGUCGACGAAGCAGACGACUGUGUUACAUUCCUGAUCAAUGGCAGGCUGGAACGAGCCACCCUGCUUGUUGGGUCUGAUGGUAUCAACUCGGCUGUCCGCAAGCAUGUUACCUCGGAGCUACCUGAGUAUAUGGGCCUGGCAUCCGUCUACGGCCAUGUGCUAACAGACAGAGUUCCGUGGCCUAGCAAAAGCUUCAACAAGAACGCUACUAUCCAGGACAGUCCUGGAGCACUGUUCAUGGCCCCUGAGGUACCCGACGGCUCUAAGCUGAUGGUCGGCAGACAAUUUGCCCACCCCCCACUUGACCGUGCAAAUUGGGAAGCUUUAGCAAAGGACAAGGACAAACUCUGUGCCCUGAUCUGCAAGGACUAUGACAAAUGGCACCCCCUGGCCCAGUCCAUUCUGGACCAGGUAGAGAUAGAAAGAAACGGACUGCUGCUCUGGUCUUACCAUUACAUGCCAAAGUUAGCACGCUGGUCCUCCCCCACCGGACGCGUCAUUAUCAUUGGCGAUGCAGCACACGCUAUACCACCCUCUUCAGGUCAGGGCGUCAACCAAGCGUUUGAAGACUCUCAUACGCUCGCUGUGUUGUUGAGUUCAUUAUCACCGAAGAUGAACUUGAACGAGGCAAUGGACUUCUGGCAUGGCUUGCGUCAGAAACGCAUCGAUAGGAUCAUGGAAAUGACCGAUGCAACUAACAGGAAAAGACUCCCGGCUGGUCAGCGAUCUGUCUGUGGGAAAACGGAUGGGGAUCAGGAUCAGCUCCUGGGGAACCCGAUGAAGUGGCUCUUCGUGCCCACGACGGAGGAUGAUAUUGCGACCUGGAUUAGUUCUCGUAUUUAG